AUGUAUACCGCAUUUUAUGCAAAGUUCCGCCGCCACAAACCCCCCCACCGGGAAUCCCUUGCAUCAGCGGCCUCGCACAGAAGGUUACCCAAACGGCUAUUGCAUCUCUUCAACCAAAAGUCCUCGCAUAACUCGGAGACUCAUCUAGCCUCAAAAAGAAGCUCCUCGACUCCGUCGGACAGCAGCGACAACUCUAGUCAUGGCGGGGUUGUUUACAGCGACACCGGCUACCCUAUAAUUGAUGAGGAUCACCAAGUGGUGACAGUCGACUCCGAACCAGCUAUUUGGAGGUCCAUCAACAGAAUUGCACAGAGGAUCAAAUUGGAGUUGGACCUGGACAGCAAUGAUGGCCACAAAACCCAUGGAUGCAGCCAGAAACGCCAUACAGACAACCCCGAUCAAGGAAGCCGUGAAGAGAAGAAACAGAAACAAGGUCGAGGAUCCCGAAAUACCGGAGGCGGAGGCGGAGGCGGAGGCGGGAAGAAAAACGGCGGGGCAAACGGCGGAGGAAGUGGUGGAAAGCAACCACCGGACGGCCACAGGUACCCGGUCCCACCCCCGCACAGUGGCCCCCAGUUUUUCGCAUGUCCCUUCCACAAGUUCGAUCCGGUACGCUACGAUUGCUGUAGUAGUGUCCGACUGACACGCCUCUGCGAUGUCUCCCAACACAUUGGGCGACGCCAUCUGCUACGAGACGUCAAGCAGAAGACUACCAACGCCAACGCUGAACCUACAGACAACGUUGAACUCGUAGGCAAUGCUAAAGCAGAGGAAGCAGUCGCUUUCUACUGCCCAAAAUGUCGCAUGGAAUUUUUUGGCACUACCGCUGAGGCCAAUCUCCGACAGCAUUUGCCAUGUCAAACACCUCAGCCAGCGACGAGCGAACAGACCGGGAUGCUGCUACCUGCAGAGUUUGAGCGACUGGUUGAGGCGCGAAACAAAGCAACUGGCGACAUUCCUAAGUGGUACGCUAUGUGGAAAGCUUGUUUGCCAAACAAACCUCCCCCGAAAUCACCAUACUUUGCUCUUCCUGGUCAAGAGGCUGUGGUUGAGACAGCGACUGUUCUACCGGAGGUUGAAGUUGAGACACUUGCUCCUCGCUCGCAGGGCGAAGAGAUCAUCCGCCGAGCUCUCCAAGAUUGCCUUUCCCACUUCUUUCUCAGUGAAGACGUGAUUGAUGCGACCGUAAACCAUGUCUUGAAUGGACUUUACCCAGGGUCUUCUGGGGCCGAACCACAGACAAGCACAGAUACCCGUUUGGAGGUCCCACAGAGGCAGAUGCCCGAACGGCAAAUGUUCCCGCAGCAGAUAUCACAGCAGCCAUUCAAUGGUGCUGUCGCUCCCACUGUCUUUGACCCCUCUGCCUUUUUCGCCGCUCCCCAAGCCCAUCCACCAUCACAUCAACUGUACCAAAACCCUUCUGCCCCCGCACCGUCUGCCCCCACUCCUCGUGUCGUUCCCCAAACCGUUACCCCGCUAGCCCCCCAAACCGAUACCCAGACACAGGAACCUUACUAUGGUGCUCCUUUUGUUAAUACCCCAGCCUUCGCUCUGCCCUCUCAACAUAGCACUCAGAUGUCACCUCCGGCGGCGAAUAUUGAAACAGGCCCUCCUGUGCCUUUUCGCUCAGCGCCUGGACCUGCAGCAUCAGAGACCUCGCCGGCGUCUCAAGCCAUAAACAACUCUUCCCUUUAUGACGUCGAUGACGGCGACUUCGAUGGUACUGGAUUCUCUGCGCCCAACCAAAGUGGCGCUGAUUUGUCUGGCUUUCCUUCUCUUGAAGCCAUUGGUUUCCCCACGAACAAUGGCUCGAGCGAUGGCUUUCCAUGGUGGAGCAAUAAUGGUUGUCAAGACUAA